CAGGAAUUUUUCCCUUGGUUGAUUUCCCUAUAGUUGAAUGGUCUAAGUGUAAUAAUUGUUAACAUUAUUUACCUUGUAACAUUCUUUUAGCAGCUUGGUUAAUCUCACACCAAUUUCGAUCCUUAUUUUCUCCUACUUUUUCAUUUGAUACUGAUUGAGAGAACCACAGUUCUAAAGAGCUGCUACUGAAGGAUCCUGAGGCUGCCACAAAGUUGUUGGAAGAAGUAGAGUUUCAGGUUGUUAAUCAGGAGGUGACGGGAAAGCUUACUGCUGAAAAUGAGCAGCUCAAGGUUCUUGUUAACUCAUUGGAAAAGAAAAUUGAUGAAACAGAGAAAAAGUAUGAGGAAACAAGCAAAUUAAGUGAGGAGCGAUUGAAGCAAGCUCUGGAUGCAGAGGCUAAGAUAAUUGAGUUGAAGAUUAGCAUGCAAAGGCUUGAAGAGAAACUUUCCGAUAUAGAAGACCAGCAGAUUCUUCGACAGCAAGCGUUACAUUUACCUUCUGGGAAAACUUCAAACCGAUUCGCAAUAAAAACUCAGCCUUCUGAAAAUGGUCAUCAUGAACCGCAGGCUGCAACACCAGCAAGAAGGUUUGGUACAGAUUCUAUGAGGAGAUCCAAUGCUGGCGUACAAGGAAAAUGGUUUGGUACAGAGUCUAUGAGGAGAUCCAUGGCCGAAAAGCAGCGGGUAUGUACCCAGGAUGUGGUCGAAAUUUUUUUCAAUCAGAUUUCUUUUUCUGUUUGCCAUCUUUCUCUGCUUAGAACCUUUUCUUUUUGAGUAUAGAUGGGACAAGAUAUCCAAAUAUUGAAAUUCAUAAAACAUGCUACGCCAGACAAAUGUUUAUUUUGAAAAGCCUGUGGUUUGAACUGUAUUCUCUGACUGUGAGAUUUGCAGAUUAUGAGCUGAUG